AGUACACAGAGAGAAAGGCUAAAGUUCUCUGGAGGAUGUGGCUGCAGAGCCUGCUGCUCUUGGGCACUGUGGCCUGCAGCAUCUCUGCACCCGCCCGCUCGCCCAGCCCCAGCACGCAGCCCUGGGAGCAUGUGAAUGCCAUCCAGGAGGCCCGGCGUCUCCUGAACCUGAGUAGAGACACUGCUGCUGAGAUGAAUGAAACAGUAGAAGUUGUCUCAGAAAUGUUUGACCUCCAGGAGCCGACCUGCCUACAGACCCGCCUGGAGCUGUACAAGCAGGGCCUGCGGGGCAGCCUCACCAAGCUCAAGGGCCCCUUGACCAUGAUGGCCAGCCACUACAAGCAGCACUGCCCUCCAACCCCGGAAACUUCCUGUGCAACCCAGAUUAUCACCUUUGAAAGUUUCAAAGAGAACCUGAAGGACUUUCUGCUUGUCAUCCCCUUGGACUGCUGGGAGCCAGUCCAGGAGUGAGACCGGCCAGAUGAGGCUGGCCAAGCCGGGGAGCUGCUCUCUCAUGAAACAAGAGCUAGAAACUCAGGAUGGUCAUCUUGGAGGGACCAAGGGGUGGGCCACAGCCAUGGUGGGAGUGGCCUGGACCUGCCCUGGGCCACACUGACCCUGAUACAGGCAUGGCAGAAGAAUGGGAAUAUUUUAUACUGACAGAAAUCAGUAAUAUUUAUAUAUUUAUAUUUUUAAAAUAUUUAUUUAUUUAUUUAUUUAAGUUCAUAUUCCAUAUUUAUUCAAGAUGUUUUACCGUAAUAAUUAUUAUUAAAAAUAUGCUUCUACUUG